AUGGAUUUCGAAGAAUUGGCCAGAACGGCUGAAAAUUCACUACUUUGGGACUUGUACUACAUGACAUUGGGAUAUCUCAUUACAACCAACGAGAACCAUACUUUGAUACGGUUGCAUGAGGUAGUAGUCUAUGAGUUAUAUAGCCGUGAAGGUGAUAUAUUCAUAGAGAAAGAGUUUGAAAUAAUCACAACUUUCCUAUCAAGUAGAUUCAAACGAAUCAACAAAAGUUCAUCACUCUGGUUCUGGACAAAGAAACUAACUAUCAUAUUGAUUUUGCAGAGGUUCGUCGAAGGGAAAGAUGUUAGAGCAUUCCAUGAAUGUCUUGUGGAUAGAACAUUCAAGAGUUGUCAGUUUCAUUUUGCAAACUACUAUGCUUGCAACUUCUUGCGGUGGUAUUUGGCGAUGUUGGCGAUUGUAGAAGAUACUGAAAGGGUACGAUCUAUAGAGGAUCAAGUGUUGACUUCUUGUCACCAGAAUUUCAGAGACGUUUCGCUCUGGGGACUAUUGGAAACAUUAAUAACUAGAGGAAGCAAACUGUUGGAGUUUAUGGCUCUUCAUUACAAUACUAUUGUCCAGAGUUUACCAACAAAGGAUGGACGCAGUUAUCCAGAGUUUGCUGCUACUGAUAAACAAGCAGCGGAACCGUAUAACAUAAAUAUAGAACACGAGAUUAGCUGGCUUCUCAGUGCAGAUUGUUCAUUUCGAACUCCAUAUGUCAGUCUUUUGAGACCGUUUGAACCCAAUGGGAACAGGGAAGUCUGGAGGCGAAUCGAGUCUCUCUUGGUGACAAAGUUAGAAGACGAAUCAGAACAGUUGGCCCGGUUUGAAGACCAUUCUAGUGAGCACUACAGGAAAAAGAAGGAAUUGUACGAGACUCUUGAUUAUGUUAUAGAAGAGUAUUUUGAAUAA